CCCAGUUGGAGUUUGUGCAGAUCCUGGUGAUCGUCAUGGUGAUGAUGGUGAUGGUGGUAGUGAUCACCUGCCUGCUCAACCACUACCGCCUGUCAGAACGCUCCUUCAUUUCCAGGGACAGACAGGCCCGCCGGCGCCACCUACCACUGGCCUCCGUAAGUACUCUACACUAACCAGGGUUGGAGACUUUACUUUACAGUCUUCAUACAGACUAAGGUGUAGACUUACAGCCUCCACGCAGACCAGAACAUAGACUUUACUUUACGGUCUUUAGAAGCACUCCACACAUCUUUACAGGCAAUAUACUUUCUUUGACAGCCUCCAAACAAACCAGGAAGUAAACUUUCCUUUACAGCCUUUACUCCACACAGACCAGGGUGUAGACUUAAUAUGAAAUUAAAACAGCAUUGUAUGUACUUGGAAAUAGGCAAGCCAGAGUACAGGGUCCUAUUUGGACAUCAUGGCAGGCCCAAACUAGCCAUGUCAGAAAACCAGAUAUUUUUUUACUAAUGCAAACAAAUAUGAUAAACAGACAAUGGUAUUCAGUUGGACCUGUAUACUAUAUACAGUAUAUUUGUUGAUGUCUGUGUUUCUUUAUGGCUCUUUGUGCCAUAUCGCCCAGUGCAGUGAUCUGAAGAUUCCAGAACCAUAUGACUGCGCUGCUGCUUUCUGAAUCACACACACACAUACUGCUGCUUUCUGAAUCACCUAGCCCGGGUGAUAAUCUGUUAGGAAAUGUGGGGCAGGAUGCUGUGUGUCUCUGUGUGUGUGUGUGUGUGUGUGUGUGUGUGUGUUUGUGUGUGUGUGUGUGUGUGUGUGUGUGUGUGUUUGGGCUAUCAGGGUUGUGCUUAAUCCAGAAUUGUGGAAUUUGACUCCCAUUCACUUUAUGAGUUGAAAUUCGAAUUGCAUUGGCCACACCCCACCAGAUGUAGAAUUUGAGUUUAAGUGACAGGACGUAGAAUUUAAUUCAGUCCAAUUCAAAUAAAUUUCACUCAGUCAUACAACAUGAGAGUUUCAUUGAAUCUGACAGGUCACACUUCCAGAUACCAAAGAAUAUAUUAAGUUUCUCCGGAAACAAUGUUCAUAUAUUAUUUUAACCUUCGUGCUUAGAAUAGCAAAUUAUAUUUCCACCAUCCAUUUAAUUUGUUUGGCUUCUUUUUGAAGGCUUUAGGGUCAACUUAAACUUAACAUACUGGGCCCCGUGUAGCUCAGUUGGUAGAGCAUGGCGCUUGCAACGCCAGGGUUGUGGGUUCGAUUCCUACGGGGGGCCAGUAUGAUUUUUUUUUUUUUAUAAAUGUGUGCACUCACUAACUGGAAGUCGCUCUGGAUAAGAGCAUCUGCUAAAUGACUAAAAUGUAAAUGUAAUGUAAAUGAAUGCAUUCUGGGAAUUGUAGUCUUUUCCCCAUAUUGAACAAAAUGUAAGUUGGAAGAAGCAUUUGAAUUUCACUGAAUUCAAUUAUAUUUCCUUUAAUUCAAAUUCGAAUUGCAAUUUUGUAUCCUGUUUACUGCUUCAAUUCAAAUUCACUAAUUGAAUUGGAAUUUAUGAGGCAUUCUCAAUUCAAUUCUUAAUUGAGCACAACCCUUUGGGUUAUGCAGACGUCUGUGUACUCUGCGGUAGGGGGUAUGAGUCAGAGAUGACAGAGCGCCCCUUUCUCGCUCUCUCUUUCUCUCUCUCUUUCUCUCUGUGUCACGGUCAGUGUCUGUCUGUGUGUUUAUCUGGGAUUGCGUCUGUGAAGAGCACUUGAAUAGUACAUGUAGCUAUUGUCUAAUCCACAGCCCAUCUAGGUGGAAAGAACAAGGCUAGGACAGAAGGACAGGAAGUCCUCCAUUAUUAGCCAUUGGGGUAUGGCCAAAUUGGUUCGGGGGAUUAAUCUCAUCAUCUUCACCCUAUGCUCUGUGGUUGGCUCUUUGGCUGGAAAGGGAGGUACUCCACCUAGUGGCACAACAUGGUACCAUUGACAUGAUAAAUGCUCUCUGUCUCUCUCUCUCUUUCUCUCUCUCUCUCUCUUUCUCUCUCUCUCUCUCUGUCUUUUUUUCUUUCUUUCUCACAGGAUGGGAGUCUGUGGUCUUCAGAUGGCCCAGGGCCCACCAGUGGAAUGAGCGAGGUAAAGUGGAUUAUGGGUGGGAGUGGACAAACUACUGCCCAUUCAAUCCGGCCCACAGGAGUUUUUCUUUUGGGGUGGGGGGCAAUGAUUAUCAUGGGCAAAAAAAAACAUUCCAGGCCACUCUUGAACGUCUAAAACUAGAUAGGAAGUAUGUAGAAAUGAUAAUGGACCUAUAUAUUUACAGUAUAAAAGACACCUGUCCACAACCUCAAACAAUCACACUCCAAACUCCACUAUGGCCAAGACCAAAGAGCUGUCAAAGGACACCAUAAACAAAAUUGUAGACCUGCACCAGGCUGGGAAGACUGAAUCUGCAAUAGGUAAGCAGCUUGGUUUGAAGAAAUCAACUGUGGGAGCAAUUAUUAGGAAAUGGAAGACAUACAAGACCACUGAUAAUCUCCCUCGAUCUGGGGCUCCACGCAAGAUCUCACCCCGUGGGGUCAAAAUGAUCACAAGAACGGUGAGCAAAAAUCCCAGAACCACACGGGGGGACCUAGUGAAUGACCUGCAGAGAGCUGGGACCAAAGUAACAAAGCCUACCAUCAGUAACACACUACGCCGCCAGGGACUCAAAUCCUGCAGUGCCAGAUGUGUCCCCCUGCUUAAGCCAGUACAUGUCCAGGCCCGUCUGAAGUUUGCUAGAGUGCAUUUGGAUGAUCCAGAAGAGGAUUGGGAAAAUGUCAUAUGGUCAGAUGAAACCAAAAUAUAACUUUUUGGUAAAAACUCAACUCGUUGUGUUUGGAGGACAAAGAAUGCUGAGUUGCAUCCAAAGAACACCAUACCUACUGUGAAGCAUGGGGGUGGAAACAUCAUGCUUUGGGGCUGUUUUUCUGCAAAGGGACCAGGACGACUGAUCCGUGUAAAGGAAAGAAUGAAUGGGGCCAUGUAUCGUGAGAUUUUGAGUGAAAACCUCCUUCCAUCAGCAAGGGCAUUGAAGAUGAAAUGUGGCUGGGUCUUUCAGCAUGACAAUGAUCCCAAACACACUGCCCGGGCAAUGAAGGAGUGGCUUCGUAAGAAGCAUUUCAAGGUCCUGGAGUGGCCUAGCCAGUCUCCAGAUCUCAACCCCAUAGAAAAUCUUUGGAGGGAGUUGAAAGUCCGUGUUGCCCAGCGACAGCCCCAAAACAUCACUGCUCUAGAGGAGAUCUGCAUGGAGGAAUGGGCCAAAAUACCAGCAACAGUGUGUGAAAACCUUGUGAAGACUUACAGAAAACGUUUGACCUGUGUCAUUGCCAACAAAGGAUAUAUAACAAAGUAUUGAGAAACUUUUGUUAUUGACCAAAUACUUAUUUUCCACCAUAAUUUGCAAAUAAAUUCAUAAAAAAUCCUACAAUGUGAUUUUCUGGAUUUUAUUUUCUAAUUUUGUCUGUCAUAGUUGACGUGUACCUAUGAUGAAAAUUACAGGCCUCUCUCAUCUUUUUAAGUGGGAGAACUUGCACAAUUGGUGGCUGACUAAAUACUUUUUUUCCCCCACUGUAUGUAUAUAUAUAAAUAACUGCACAUUUUCUGGCAGCAAAUUGAUUUUGAUAAACAAAUCGGUCCCCCAAAAAAUCUGUGCGGCCCUCCUUGGAUAUUAGAGCAGAUGGGCUAUGAGUGUUUAUCGCUGUUCAUAGCAUAGCGAUGACAACAAUGGUGCUGUAUCAAUAUACCCUCCACACUAAGUCACUGGAUAAAAGAGGGUUCUGAACAAAGAGAUGACAAUGGAAAUACGUUGUUAAACCUUUUUCCUCACCAAAUGACCAAAUAGAAAUGUGUGUGUGCUAACGCUCCCUCUCCUCCUCCCUUACAGCAGCAGGUGUACACCCCGCGUCCCCCGGACCGCAUCCCCUAUCUGCAGAGGGAGCGUCUGGCCCGCUUCCAGCCCACCUACCCCUACCUGCCCCACCCCAUCAUUGACCUGCCGCCCACCAUCUCGCUGUCGGACGGCGAGGAGCCUCCGCCCUACCAGGGCCCCUGUACCCUGCAGCUCCGCGACCCCGAGCAGCAGAUGGAGCUUAACAGGGAAUCGGUGCGCGCCCCCCCCAACCGCACAGUCUACGACAGCCACCUCCUCGACACCUCCCUGUGCCCACCGCCCAGCCUCAACCCCGGGGUCAGCGCUACCACGGUAGCCACGGCCGCCCAGGCCUACUCCAGCCGAGUGGAAGGGGCACCGCCAACUUAUAGCGAGGUGAUAGGGCACUACUACCACCCCUCUUCACUACCCAGGCACCACCACCAGACUUCCAGUGGCUGCGGGGGCACUGGGCGUGGAGGCGGGUUAGGAGGCCCGGGUCCCUUGCCGCCGCCCUCGCUACUCCACGGGAUUCUCCAGCAGGCCCACCUGGGCAGCCUGGAGAGCAGGAACGCGCACAACAACAAGGAGAAGCAGACACCUGAGCAGGUGUGACAACAGUGUUGGUCUCGGCCAUUGUUUCCGAGGAUGCUUUCUCCUUCUCUGCGCACUUUAGCUGAACUGUUGGUGGCAGGCAGGGUUGGGGAGGGCGACAUGCGGUGGCAGGGGGAGGCAGGCGCACAAAGAAAAAGGACUGCGCUCCGCUCUUAACUUUAUCCCCCGGUCACUGUCUUACUGAAACCCGUCACAACUAAACUUACUUUGUAUAAAUAUGUACUUGUUUUUUAUUGUCUCCGUGCUUACAGCUUCUUUUCUGUACUGGCAAAUGCAAAAACAACAAAACAAAGCAAAAUUAUCUCGCCAAGUAUUUAGGUUUAUUUUGUUUUUGUAUCCCUUUGCAUUGGGCUUCACUACAAGCUGCAUCAUUUCUAGUUACUUAUCUCCUCGUAGUUUAUCCUUAGUUCCUCCGGGAGUUUUAGAAUUACCAGGUCUUCCUUUUUUUGAGAUGCAGAUGGUUAUUUUAGUGAGCCGCCCCCUAACCCCCUUCUGGCUUUGAAUACUGUCCGUGUACUGGCUUGUACAGGGAGGGCAUUGAUAGCACUCUUGUAACAGGUUGCCAGGUUCAGGCUCUCACGGGAUCCAAGAUUGAGAUUCAUACGUUAGCCCCAGUUAGCCUUUUAGCUCAUGACCCAGUUAGCCCCAGUGCCAGACAGACCCCCAUCACUCCUCAUCAAUCUGCAUCAGAGGGUGCGGUGGUCAACGUUGGCAUCUAUGGAAACACAUUAUUGACAGCUGACUGGGUCUGUGAUGUCAGGCCAUGUGUGUCAACAUGAGUACUGGAGUAGAAUCCUGAGUCGAGGUCAAUUGAGUUCAGCACUGUGCCCACUGAAGUGAUAUAUAUCCAUCUUGCUGUACUAUCUGGACCCAUCUGAGUUUAGUACUGUACUUUAGUUCUUUGUCUAGUCGAGUUUAGUACUAUCUUUGGGUCUUUGGCCAGACAAGUUCAGGAGUUCCUGUGUGCGAAUGCUCUUCUUGUUUUUUUUUAUUAUGAUAUUUUCUAAAGAGAUGUUUGCACAAGAUUCAAGACUGUUUAUCUGGAGAAAAAGAAAAUCAAUCUGCAAUAUGUAUCAUAAGAGAGGAGAGCAGGGGUAUUUCAAGUUUCAUUUCAAGAAUGCCAAGAGUGUGCAAAGCUGUCAUCGAGGCAAAGGGUGGCUACUUUGAAGAAUCUCAAAUAGAAAAUAUAUUUUGAUUUGUUUAACACUUUUUUGGUUACUACAUGAUUCCAUAUGUGUUAUUUCAUAGUUUCGAUGUCUUCACUAUUAUUCUACAAUGUAGAAAAUAGUAAAAAUAAAGAAAAACCCUGGAAUGAGUAGGUGUGUCCAAACUUUUGACUGGUACUGUAUAUAUAUGGCAUAUAUACACGUAUAUGGAAACAAAAAACUAACUUAAAAAUUACGAUUUUAGAGGUAUUUAUAUAGCCUAAUUGUUGAAAAUAAUUGCACUAUUUUUUAUUAUAAUGAAAUGGAACGAGAGAAAAAAUUGACCUCUAUUGUCAAGGAAACCUGGGGCCUCAUUUAUAACCGUUGCGUACAUUUUACUCUCAAUAGCUGCACUUGGAUUUAUACACUUGGAGCACGCCAUACAUACGCAUGUUUCCCAUUAUAAAAAAUCAGACCUGUCGUAAAACUGCGCACGUGAACAAGCAUUAUAACUGUGCCUGAAUAACACCCAUCAUUCACCUUUUAUGGUGACAAUAACAGCCUUAUUUGCUGUAUAAUUUGGUAGUAUUGGAAUUAGGCCAAGACAGUAUAUCUAAAGGAAAUAUAAAUGGCGAACUUUAUCAAAUGUCUUUGGAGGUGUUGGCAGAAUGUUUUUUUUUUUUCGGUGACGUUUGCUGUAUCUGACCAUUUCUGAAACACAAAAAAAAAAUGCUAAUUGUUGUGGACCUGUAAACAGGUCGUUUUUAUUCAAUAAUGUUUUGCAUUUACUGUCCACCGAACCUAAAUAUGCUGCACUGCCCAUGAAUUCUAAAAAACAUUUCAACUACAGUAGGCCUACUUACAGUGGUAGCCUACACACUUCAAUGCAAAAGAUCAACUGUCUGUUCACCUGUUAAAUUCUACUGUAUGUUAUAAACUGCGCUCCGUUUCGACUGCAUUGAGCAAAAACAUAUAAAAACUUGAAAUUAUAAUAGCCUAUCUAAUAGGCCCAAUUAAAUGAGAGAUGCGCAUGGUAAUUUGUUGUAUUGCUACUUUGGGAAUAUGAACUCAUCAUGGCCAGAAAAGGUGGAAUGGUUAUGAUAUAUGUAUUAUGUUUAUAAAUGAAACAUUGUUUAGGCUACUCAAGAAAUUGGACAUUACAGUAUUCAGACGUAGCCUACAAACGUCAAUGGAAAAGGUGAACCGUCUGUUUUACCGUUAAACUGCGCAUCGGAUAGGAUAGAGCAAAAUACUUUAAAUGCCGGUAGCUUAUCUUUUUACUACUAUGAAGUGGUCCAAUUAAAUGAGAGAUGGGACGAAUGGUAGCCGAUCCUAACUUGUUGUAGGCCUAUAGGCUAUUUCGUGAGUAUAAAACCAACACAGUCAGAAAAGGUGAGGAAUUUAUUCUGCAAUGAUCAUGGAAACGAAAUAAAUAAUCGGAAAUAGAUUUCAAAUUAUUUUAGAAUGCAAAGAUAAAAUAAGUAGAUUUUUGCUCUUCUCAAUAAAAAAUGAUUGCAUCUUGUUAUUAUAUUUAGCUACCUGUUUUUUUGUUAUGAAUAAGUCAUUAUAUAUUCCCAAUUUGCACAAGGCUACUAGGCUACAUUUGCCUUCUUGCAAUGCAAUACUUCAACCACAAAAAACUGUGCAUGGUCUACAGUUUGCGGGAGGAUAAGCACAUUCUAACGUCAAGGUCAGUUUUUAUAAAUGCCAGCUUUUGUGUGAAAACUGGAGUUUUGUGUACAAAGCCAUCAACCUUUGAACUCCAGUUCAAGUCCUUUAUCUGCAGAGAGUCCAGAUGGUCUGACCAGAAGUAGGGUGAAGUUGCCCCAAGACGCUGAUGAGGGAGAGAGGUAGCAAGGAAAGGAAAAGAAAAGGAGAGGGAGAGAGAUUAGCAGGCAACUGUACGCUGGACAAAUCCGCCUACUGUCUGGGCUUCUCUCCAACAGGCAUCUCUUAGCACUUUAAUUAAGAAGGAGAGAGACACAAUCUCCCUCUGUCAGCAUUGGUCGCACUUCUCUAUUGAUAAAUUGUGCAACUGCUCCCUCUGAGGCAAGACUCAAACUGCAAGGGGUCCCAACUUAAGCUGGUAUCACAGCAAAGAAGAGAGGGAGGGAAGAGAGGACAGAGGUCGAGGAAAAAAGACACCAGACAAGGCUGUCCACUCGCCCCUCUCGCUUUCUUCCCGUCGGCCCUGCUUAAAUGUGUUUUGUACUGUAUCUUUACAUUCAAUUUGAGGACAAAUACCUAAAUCAAAAGAAAAAUGUCUGACCCCUUAUAAGCAGGCAGCUAAAGGAUUGAUAUAAGGGGCGUGGCAAUUUGACUUCUGACCCCUGGUGACAUCUCAUGAUGCAGUUUGAUGACCUCAGAGGGGAGCUUGGAUAGGUUUCCUGGUUGGAUUCCAGUAUUUUCUUCAGGGAAACCAGUGCUGACUGAUAACUAUGCAGGCAGGGUGGGAAGUGACCCAUUAGAAACUAAGAAAGAGGACCCACUAUUGGCAUACCAUACCGCUGUGUAACCUUGACAUAACACUUGGCAUUAUGCCCGUCGUAACAUUGUAUGACUGUUCAUUACAACAACCUUUUUUCGGUACGUGAAAUGAAAUGUCAUGGAUAAUGACGACAGAUGUUAAGGAAUGUUAAUGAAACAACAUAAUGUGGGUAUCAUGUCAUGUUGCAUCAAGUACAGAGCAACAUUUUCCUCAGAACUCAAUUUUUCAACAUAUCUGCUAAUACAAUGCACAUCAUAGAGAAGUUUAAGGCAUUGAAAGAUCCAAUGUUUUUCGUUCUCCCAUAACAUGUGUGGUUGCGUUGGUAAUGUACAUUGCCUUGCCCCACUAAUGAACUGUACCGUCUAGACUGGGUGCUCAGAUGAAAGCAAAACAGAACCACUCAGACAAAACAGAUAAUCUCGAAGAUUUCAAAUGGUGUGCCUUUAGGGUUGGCUCGAUCACCCCCCUUCCCUGUCUGAAAUUAGCUCUUCCUGUUCCAUAGAGAUGCCUGUGUUCAAUGAGGGAGUCCCACACAGACCAGCUUGUGCUGCCAUAGGCUGGCUGUCGGUCCUCUUGAAAAUGUUUAGUGUUUGUGUGCCUGCCUGUGCUGGCAGAUUGGGCUCCGUCUGUGCUGUCAAUCUGCCUAGACUGGCCCUAGAC